CAGAUUUUUUCCCAAUAAAUUUGCUAGCACGGGGUUUCGCGGGCAGCUAUGGAGCAGCCGCUUGACAAACUCUUGAAGCAAAUUAGGUCUCUGAGUGAUGAGGAGCUUGAUGCAGUCAUUGCUAUUGGUCAACAAGAGAAGGCCCUGCGACUUCUACCACCGGUGCAUGUGACCUUCCAAAGCAUGGCUGAAAAGCUCCUGGAGUGUAUGUGCGAGCCAGCACAGUCCACCCAGGAUUUGAAGAGGUUGCUGUCAAGCGUGUGUGGUGAACCUGAUGGUUUCGACCUGGUUUGCCAGAGCUACGUCAUGCAGCCAUCGGACAGAUUGGCGUCCCUCGGGGAAGGUCCCAAGGACAUCCAAGUGGUGAGAUGUCAUCCGCAAAUCGACCUCGGAAAGGAAUUGAAUUGGCCCAACGUUCAUCAUGCCCUUCAUAUCGCCUCGGGUGAAUGGGUCUAUGUGGUGAAAUCAUCGGGUUCUUUUCUUGAUGGGGAGACACUGUAUCGGACCCUGUCGCCUGAAAGUCUUUGGCGAGAGAUCCGCCCAAGCACGUCUACCGUGGCUGCGAUUUCUGCGAUUAGCGCUUUUUCAAUGGCGGUAUCACCCACGAAGGAAUCAAGGAUAGCGGUGGUGGACGCCUCUGAAUUUGAUGUAUCUUUCCUUGCAGACGUUGUGGAGACGGGCAAGGUCUUCUUCUCCUUGAAAGGUGGACAUGAUGGAAAUCCUGGACAUCGCCAUGUGCUAGCAGCAUGGCCCAAUGCUUUUCCCCUCGAAGCAGCGGAGGCCCAAACGGUUGACAUCUUGGUUUCAAAGGUGGUGGCCACUGGACAGAUCCAACCCUUGUUGGAACAAUGCAGAUCUUUGCUUCACAGUGACUCUCGCGUUCUUUUGGUGGCCGCCCAGGAGACAGUUGAAGCUGCACCUGUCGCUUCUGAAAUAUUUUGUUCCCUUUGUGUUCAGGAGAUUCGCAAAGCGGGUCUCCGCCCCCUCGAACUUUUGACCUUGCAGCCCUUCAGUGAUAGUGCGGUGAUUGCCGCCACCACCAAGAAAAGGGCUGACAGAGGAUAGCUGGGAUCUUCGAGUCCAAUAGCGGCAUGGAUUGCAAUCAAUAGCGACCAUGAACGGCCGUGGGUUGAGGGCGAGUGACGGGAGGAAUGAUUCACAAUGCCCAAA